GUCAUAUUAGAGAGUAAGAAGGAAGUAUUGCUUCCAGGUUUUUGUCUGGGUUUGGUUACUGUGAGGUAUCUUAUCCUGAAUAAUUGUCUGUAUUUCUCUUAAGUCUUAUGGGAUGGAGCUGAGUCAAACUGCUGGGCAUCACAUUUCUUUAUUUUGAAUCAGUCACAUGGAGUCUUCAUUUCAAAGAAUUGAAGAGGAGCUGAGUUGCUCCAUCUGUCUCGAUCUGUUUCAGAAUGCUGUUCAGCUUCCGUGCCAACACAUUUUCUGCAAGCAGUGCAUUGAGCAGCAUUUAGCAAGCAAUGGAGCUUCAGGUUUGUGCCCAAACUGUAGAACAUCGUUUCGGAGAACUGAUCUGAUCUGUUCAAGGGUAGUCAAUAAUGUGAUCCAGACACUUUCAGUGUGUCAUAAUGAGAAUCAUACUUCUUUCCUGACCUUGCAAAUUCAGGAACCUGCUGUAAACAGUGAAAGUGAGUCACCAAGGCCUACAGAACAAGUAUCACCACAAAAUGUUACAGAAGUUCCAGCGAUGUCGAAAUCGGAGUACAUUCGAUCAAAAUUUGUGUCCUUAACACUGGAUGAAGAGACAGCCCACCCAAAUUUAAAGAUCACUAGCAAUAAAAGUCUUGUAUAUUAUUCCACUGAAGUGCGGUCCUGUCAUCCAAGUCACAGGAUGUUUGAUACAAUCAAUGCUGUGUUAGCAGAGCAAGUUCUAGAUCAUGGGGAGUACUACUGGGAAGUAAUAGUUGAUGACAAGAAAAGGUGGACACUGGGAGUUACCAGGCAUGGCCUCAACAGGAAUGGGGCUGUACAGGCAUUUCCUCGAAAUGGUUACUGGAUUAUCAUGCGCCGUACUGAAGGGUGGUUUGUAACUCGCAUUGUUUAUGAAGCUUGGGAAAAUACAAAAAUGUUGAUUACUGUCCGUUCAAAGCCCAACAAAAUUGGACUGUAUUUAAACUGUGACACAGGAGAACUGUCCUUUUACAAUGCUGAUGACCCUAAUGAUUUAGAGAAAAUUUAUACAUUCCGAGGAGUUUCUGCUCCUGUUGUGCCUUUCUUUGAUCCAUGUUACUAUGACAAGGGAUCCAAUACUCAUCCACUUCAGAUUUGUUCCAGAUGAGGAUGAAUCAUUUUGCAGUUUCAACAUAACAUCAAAGAUAAUGUAUUUUCAGACUGUUCCUGGGACUUUCAUUUUAUGUUCCUUUUAUUUAAUCAUUGAAAGCAUUCAAGGUGUUCACAGCUGCUUUGUGCUUGUUCAUUUUUUACAGCUUGAUUUUAAAGCUACAUUAUCAUUUUUUUUUGCCACAGUAAACACACAGAUUCAUAGCUAAGCUGCCCUUGUGGGACAUUUUAAGCCUAGGCAGUUUUCCUUUUAUACUCAAAAUUAACCUAUCCUAUUUGGUUGAAAAUUGGCCUUAUCCUUCCCAGGGUCGACAAUUAUAUAUUAUCCCUAAUGAUAAUAACUAGGAAUAUACCAUAGUUAAUUUGAAGGGACCUUUUAUUGGGAUAAAACAUUUAGGAGCUGCCUCUGUCCAUUAGUAGUACAGCAGGCAGUCUUUGAGUACAUUUUCUGUUUCCCAUAUAUAGAUCCAAGAUUUGCUUGAAUAUGGACAAGGAUGGGUUUUUAUAUGGAUGAGGAGUAUCUUCUAGAGCAGUGGUUUCCUCUAUGUUAUAUGCCUGUCCCUGCAAACCAUUAUGGUGAAGUUGCAGAAGUUUUAGAUCCCUAGAUUAUUUUUUUUCACAUAAUUUCUAUUGAUUUUUAUAAAUUUAAGUAUAGCAAAAACUAUUAAACAAUGUAAAAUAAAUCUAACUAUAUACAGGGUCCAUAACAAAUAUGCUUUUGUUAAUAUAUUCACAUUUUAUCUAACAGCUUUUGAAGUUUUAACCAAGCCAGUUGUUUAUGUGUCACUCUUGAGGUUCUUGAGGUUAUAGUCAACAAUUUUCGAUUGCAUGCAAUUCUGGCCAAUGAGAUAAAUUCCGCAAAUUAUAGAAUUGUUUUACCUUAACAAUUUGAGGUAAUAAUUUUUCUUGCUAUUGCAAGGAGGGACCAGAAAAGGUGCACUUGUGUUCCUGGAAUAUACGCUGGUAUCGGUGCAUUAAAUAAUAACAGUGAGUCAGUCACUUCACAUUUGUAUGACAACAGUGCUUUUAUAAAAUAUUUAAAUUCCAACCAGAAAGGAAUUACAGUUUUACACUCUAUAAACAUAUGUGCCCAAUCUGCACAUACUGCUUCUUCACAUUUCCAACAUUCAGAUAUUUCAUUUCCUGAUAUCAAUGCCACUUUAUGAGGAGUAAAAAAGCUUCUGUGAAUGAACUUCCAUGUGUAGAUUUUCCAAAAGGGAGAUGAUGCAGUGUUACUAACUGACUUAAGUAUUAAUCUUUUCUCUUUAUCUGAAAAUCUGAAUUUAUUUUCUGCAUAAUUCCAUAGGGAUUCGUCGGGGAUGUAAGUCAGUUCGUAGUGUCCUGUAUAUUCUUGACAAUGAAAACCCAUCAUUAUUACAUAAUGUAUUAAUUUUGCAGAAAAGAGAUACAAUUUUGGGUCUAGGUGUGGAUUUCACUAUUUGACAUACUUUGAAUUCACUUACUACAUACUCUCUGAAUGUUUGUAUGUUUAGCAAUUGUUUUGGUUUAUGUUAUAUCUUGCUAUGAGGGAAGUGGCCUCAUAGGUUCAUAGGUUGGUACUAGGCUAUCUGCCCUAGGGCCUAUACAAGCCUAGCCAUAACAAUUCCCUGGAUAUUUCUUCCCACAAUAUUUACUUCUCUGGAC